AUGCAGCAGCCCUCCAGCUCGCCGAGCUCAGACCCGGAGCCUGCAGAGCAGUACUCAAAGAGACGUUGCACAGUGAUGUGGUGCACCGUGGUUUUACACGCUCUGUCCAUCAUCAUCCUGCUGAUCGGCCUCCUGGCUGCAACCCGCACUGGAAACGUGGCAGUGUCUGGUUAUUACUCCGGCAUCAUACUAAGCUUCGGGACGUUCUUGGGCAUUGUUGGGCUCAAUGUGGUGGAGAAUCGCAGACCCAUGUUAGUGGCCUCCAUCAUUUUCAUCAGCCUGGGUGUAAUCUCCUGCUUCUUCUGCGCCAUCGUGGACGGCAUCAUCGCAGCUGAGUAUAUCGACAGGAGACCACUAAUGGAAGGAAGGUGUGAGUUCUAUGCCAGCAGCACAGGUUAUGCCUAUGACAACUACUACAAUGAGGUUGUGUGUCAGAACUAUAACCAAGAUUGCAAGCUCAAGGUGAAGACAAACACCUGUUACUGCUGUGAUUUAUACAGUUGUGAGAGCCCAGGGUACCACACACACUACUUUGAGUUUACGGGUGUGAAUAGUUGCUGGGACGUGAUACACCUGCACAGACUGCUGUGGGCUGAUGUAGUGCUCAAUGUGCUGGGAGUUUUCUUGGGCAUCAUUACUGCUGCCAUACUGGGAGCCUUCAAGGACCUGGUUCCAGCUGUUCAGUCCCAGAUGUCUCCCAGGCCAGCUCCUCCUCCACACAUCCUCUAUAAUCCAACCCAGCACAUGGUCACUUAUGCAGGAUUCUGCCCAUCUGGACAAGCCCUGCCUGCUUACCCCAAUUAUCCAGUGCCCAUGCAGCACCUCAACAGUUACCCAGCAGCCAGUCCUUCUCAGCCCAGCCCCGAGGUGCCCGUGUCCCCACUGGAAGAGAGCCAGCCUCCCACUCAGCCCAGCAACAGCAACCCUUCAGUUCCAUCCCAGUCCACUUGUCCAGACACCUCAGGCUAUAUGCUCACUCCAAAUGCACCCUCGCUCUAUCCACACUCAUUAGGGCCCUUUGAAAAGCCUCCGCCCUAUGCCUGCUGA